AGGAGGAUCACUAUGACUAUAGCCCUUGGUAGAUUUACCAAAGAAGAAAAUGAUUUAUUUUAUAUUAUGGAUGACUGGCUACGAAGAGACCAGUUCGUUUUUGUGGGUUGGUCCUGUCUAUUGCUUCCUUGCUCCUAUUUCACUUUAGGAGGGUGGUUCACAGGUACAACCUUUGUACCUUUAUGGUAUAACCAUGGAUUGGAUAAUUCAUAUUUGGAAGGUUGCAAUUUCCUAACCACUUCAGUUUCUACCCCUGCUAAUAGUUUAGUGCAUUUUUUAUUGCUACUAUGGGGCUCGAAAGCACAACAAAAUUUUACUCGUUGGUGCCAAUUAGGUGGUUUGUGGACUUUUGUCACUCUCCAUGGCACUUUCGGACUAAUAGGCAUCAUGUUACAUCAAUUUGAAUUUGCUCGAUCGAUUCAAUUGAGACCUUAUAAUGUGAUUGCAAUCUCUGGUCCUAUUGUUGUUUUUGUUUCCAUAUUCCUAAUUUAUCCACUAGGUCAGUCUGGCUGGUUCUUUGCGCCCAGUUUUGGCGUAACAGCUAUAUUUCAAUUCAUCAUUUUCUUCCAAGGGUUUCAUAAUUGGACAUUGAACCCAUUUCAUAUGAUAGGACUUGCCGGAGUAUUGGGUGCUGCUUUGCUAUGCGCUAUUCAUGGUGCUACCAUAGAAAAUACUUUAUUCAAGGAUGGUGAUGGUGCGAAUACAUUCCAUGCCUUUAACCCAACUCAAGCUGAAGAGACCUAUUCUAUGGUCGUUGCUAACCGGUUUUGGUCACAAAUCUAUGGGGUUGCUUUUUCCAAUAAACAUCGGUUACAUUUCUUUAUGUUAUUUGUACAAGUCACCAGUUUAUAGAUGAGUGCUCUUAGGGUAGUCGGUUUGGCUUUGAACCUACGAGCCUAGGACUUCAUUUCCCAAAAAAUCCAUGCAGCAAAAGAUCCUAAAUUUGAGACUUUCUACACCAAAAAUAUUCUUUUAAAUGAAGGUAUUCGUGCUUGGAUGGUGGCUCAGGAUCAGCCUCAUGAAAACCUUAUAUUCCCUAAGGAGGUUCUGCCUCAUGGAAACGCUCUUUAA